GGGGGUAGGCGGUGGGGGUCGGGCCGGGGGUGGAGCCGCGGGCUGGCGGGUCGGGGUGAGGGGGAGUCCUCCCCUUCCCUUCCCGAUCAAGCCGGAGCCGGGGAAGGCGCCUCCGCAACUCCUCCUGCCCCGCCGGUGCCGCCAGCCGCCCGCAGCAUGAUCUGGAAAACUCUCCCGCUGCUCUGCGCUCUGCUGGCCGUCGCCCGCCUGCGAGCCGAGGAAGAGCCAAGGAGCAAAUCCAAGAUCUGUGCCAAUGUUUUCUGCGGAGCUGGGCGGGAGUGCACGGUGACUGAGAAGGGAGAGCCAACCUGCCUCUGCAUCGAGAAAUGCAAACCUCACAAGAGGCCUGUGUGCGGUAGCAAUGGCAAGACGUACCUGAACCACUGUGAGCUGCACCGUGAUGCCUGCCUCACUGGCUCCAAGAUACAGGUGGAUUACGAUGGCCACUGUAAAGAGAAGAAGUCUGAGAACCCAGCUGCAAGUCCAGUCGUCUGCUACCAGUCGGACAGAGAUGAGCUUCGUCGACGCGUUAUCCAGUGGCUGGAAGCUGAGAUUAUCCCAGAUGGCUGGUUCUCCAAGGGCAGCAACUACAGCGAAGUCCUAGACAAGUAUUUCAAGAGCUUUGACAAUGGUGAUUCUCGCUUGGACUCCACUGAAUUCCUGAAGUUUGUGGAGCAGAAUGAGACUGCUGUCAACAUCACCACCUACAUGGACCAGGAGACCAACAAGCUGCUCAGGGGACUCUGCGUAGAUGCCCUCAUUGAGCUGUCGGAUGAAAAUGCUGACUGGAAACUCAGCUUCAAUGAAUUUCUCAAGUGCCUCAGCCCAUCCUUCAACCCACCAGAGAAAAAGUGUGCCCUGGAAGAUGAGAACUAUGAGGAUGGAGCAGAGACCCAGGUGGAGUGCAACCGCUGCGUCUGUGCCUGCGGGAACUGGGUGUGCACUGCAAUGACAUGCGAGGGGAAGAAUGAGAAGGUGCCUGCUCAGAGACAGCGACCUGAUCAAGACUUGACUGAAGAGGAGCUGGCUAGAUAUGUUCAGGAACUGCAGAAGCAUCAGGAGACGGCCGAGAAGACCAAGAGAAUGAGCACCAAGGAGAUGUAAGGGGCCUCCACACCGGAGGAGCCCAGGAGGAUGGGCCCAACCUGCCGCCCUGCCCUCCAGUGCUGAUUGCAGUAUGCACAAGUGUCUGCUACAGUUGCCCAGUCACAGAUAUUUACGUUGUAUAGCGAUGGGUUAUUUGUUUUGUAAUACACAGAGAAUGGGGCCAGGAAAAUGGAGCAGAGCCCACCCAUUCAGGGAGCUUCAUUGCUGGGGCCUUGGAAGGCUGGGAGGGACUUACAGCAGCCUCUGGGACCCUGUCCCAGAGCAGACAGCUGCUCCCUCCAAGAGAUAACAGGGAUUUCUUGUUCCCCUGGAUCUGGGGAAAGGAUGGAGGUCAGUGCUGGAUAGAAAAGGGAGUCUUCAAUCCAUACAACCUGUCUUGGCUGCAGAAAUACAGGCCUGGCAGUUUUGUGGCUGAGCACGUGUGCUGCAGGGCAUCAUUAGCCGAGGACCUUGCCCUUGCCCUUUGGUUCAAGCUCCUCAGAGCCGGUCAGCCUGGUGUGAUACCUGGAAGUCAUGGUACCAUGCUGCUGGCAGGAGUCCAGCACGUUCCUCCUUGCUUUCCACCAAACUGUCCCCAGCAGCUCCUCCAGUACAUUGUGGGCUCCAACAUAACAUUGUUCCUUUUGACCUCAUCUCACUUUUACUCUCCCUGCCCCCUCCUUAGAGGUGCUAUCAUAUUUUUUUCUUAUCACAUUCACAUGCUGACUCCCCCUUUUGUUUUGUUUUUGUUGUGGGUUUUUUUAUUACGUUAUUUCCUAUGGUAGUAAUUCAGCUUUUGUAUGUUUUAUAGCUCUACAUCUUUCAAGAAAACCCAGCCUGUUGUUUUUUGGUUUUUGACAGUGUGUAAUACCCAUGCACAGUUUGUAUCAUGCUGUGCUCAGCCACCGCAAACACUACAAGCAACUUGUGAGCCCUGCGCUACAGGGUAUUUCUCAACUGGGGACAGCUAUGUCUCUCGUGGGAAGAAGAGACAGGGCUGGAUGUAAAUAGUUUCACCAGGCAGGGAUUGACAAUGCAGCUCUAGCUCUUGCUCCCUUAGCUAGCAUUGACCAUGUGUUCAAAGUCUAUGCUCAUGCCUCUCUAUAUUGCCAAGAGGAAUGCACCAAGUAGUCUAGAGACAGAGGAACCAGGCAAUUCCAUUAGCAGGGUAUUUGAAAAUGCUUAACUACGUUGAAGUCUGGGCCAUGAGCCAUCAUCUUGGGCUUUCCGUCUCCCGCUGGGGUGAGGCAGCAGCAUUCUUUGAUUCCAGGUCUGAGUUUGAAGUCAGGGCUGGAAGCCUCAGUACUGAUGCAUUUCACAGUGUCUCUGAUCAGACUGUCUUUGACCACCCUCAGAUCCCUUCAUGGAUAGUUUUUGGCUGACCCAUUUCUCAGAGCAUUGGUCGUAGAUAUAAAUGAAAUGCUGUUUUGUUGACAAUCAUCUCUGUAGCCUUGAGCUCAGCUGAUUUUCUCCUGCAGUUGUGGAACGUACUUCAUACGUUCACACACCUGAACAUCCUGUUCCACAUUCCCUUCAUGCCUCUGCUGUGCAUCCCAAGCAGGUGCACGUACCCUGGGCCGAGAUGACUGCUUGUGACUUCCAUCUUCCUGUUUGCAAGCAACUUCAGCAGUUGUUGCCAAGUGUCUUGUAGUCCCUAGUGCUUACUCAAGUGAAACUCCAGUUUCAUCUGCAAAAGCCUGUUCUGCCUGAGUGAAGAUCAGCAGGACUUCUGUCCCAACCUUCCCCUUUUUGCACAGUGCCUUCCUCGGAGAGGAAGAAUGAGCUGGCACCUCGCAAGUGUAGGAAAAGAAGAAAGCUUGGUCCCUCCUGUGGUCUUGCCCAUGAGUCAGAUUUGUUAAAGGCUGUCUGGUCUUUGAGCUGUUUUCCUGGUGUGAACACAGAGGACUCCCACUGAAUUUGGCACAGUACCACAUUUCCAGUGAGAAUCAUUGUCUACCCCACCAUGCUCGGAGAUUUUGGCAUAAUAGAACGAAGGAAGCUGGUUCUUUUCCCAUGAGGGCCUGGAUUUGAGAAGCUGUCAUCUGUGAAGGUGAGGGGAGUGAGUCCACAGGAGCUGAGAGUAGUUGUGGACAAGGCUACAUUGGGAUGGAGUCAUGUUCUGGUGGCACUGGAGGAAGAGGUUGUUGGAAUAGGAGCACCCGUUAGACAUAACCUCACUCCUCCCCAACAGUAUGAGCAAAACAGCUUCAUGUGCUGGAUCUUGAGUCAUCACAGGAACAUUGUUAAUGUCUUGCUUUAUUCUGACCCUGCUCUGAAAGGUAGUUUGUGCCUUCCAGAUCACUUGUUUCCAGCUUGGAUCAUUAAAGUGCCUUAGAGAAAACACAACAGCUUGCCUUAAAGGCUUUCCCUGGAUGGAGAUAACAUCUUGUCCGGUCAGGAAAACCUCAAACUGGGAGAAGCCAAGUAUGUGCAGGAAGGGGGAGGCUGAUCCAUGGCUGAAGGGCUUCUGUAGGCUGCAUUAAGUGAUACGUUCUCUAGUCCCUGUCUCCUGUGCAUGUGCGGUCUGCAAGGCUGGCUGCUGGGGACAGUGAGAGAGGUGGGUGCUGGCGGCUGAGGUUUAUAGAGCUUAUGCUGAGGGAAGGGCUGCUGUUGGGCAGGGCAAGCUGAGCACUGAGAAGCCAUACAAUAUCUAGGAUGGCCUGGGGCAGCGGGGCAGGAGUGCAGCAAACGUGCCUCUGCUGCUUGUGGAGCCUUUUCUACCUUGUACCAUCAAAGGGAAAAUGCAGCUGUGGAGGGUGAUGCCAGUUCUAAGGGCUCCAGUACCUGAAGGGGACUGAAACAUCUCACCUCCCCACUCCAAGGGGAGGGAGAGCCGUUCGGUGAGCGAUUGCAGGCUGUACCCCACAGCAGGCAGGCUGGUUGCUGACUUCUGCAGGGUGACUUGGCUGCCAGGGAAGGAAGUGCUGGAUUCUAGCCAUUGCCCUCUGGGACACUUGCUGUACCGACUGCAGGGAAGGGAAGGCAUUUUUUUUUCUUGCAAAAAGCCAAAAUGAAGCAAAGAAGUCCCACUCCUCCCUCUAUAUUCCCUCCUCUACGUGUGUGAAAUUUAUCAGUAUUCUGUAGGUUUCCUUAGCGCACUUAUUUUACUUGAUUUUGUAAUUUUUUUGAAGCAGGGGGGUUUGGAUAUUACUGCCAAAUAAAUGAAACAAAAUUUUAAACAUAA